AUGGUUGCUGUGGAGUUUGACACUUACAACAACGGAUGGGAUCCUGAUGACAAUCAUGUGGGGAUCGACGUCAAUAGCAUUUUCUCAGAGUUGAAUGUUUUACUCAACAAAUCCGCUGUAUUCAAUUGCUCCUGCGACCCACAUCUCUCAAACACAAAAACAUGGCAUGCGUGGGUGGAUUAUGACGGUGGAGAACAUAAUCUGCAAGUCUUUCUCUUUUGUUGUUCCGACAGCACUAAUGUUUCUAAACCCAAAAGCCCGCUGUUUAACUAUACUAUAGAUCUGCGCAACUUUCUACCAGAAAACAUCGAAGUUGGCUUCUCAGCUUCCACUGGAGACUUUACAGAGACACACACUGUUAAAGUUUGGAAUUUUUCUAUUGAAUAUUCAUGGGAAAUCCCAGCUGCUUUCGAUGGAAUUGGAAAUGACAAGAAAAACAGAAAUGCUGUCAAAGUUAUUUUGAUAUAUGUGUUCAUCAUCGUUGUGGUCGUAUGUAGCUUCGUGUUUGUUAGCGGGCACUGGCUUUACAGAAAAAGCAAAAAAGGAGGAAAGGAGACGGAAGAAAGCGAUGCGGAGCUGGAUCAAUGGUGUUCCCAGGGCCCCCGAAGAUUUUCCUGCGCCGAGCUCUGUGCUGCGACAGGAAACUUCUGCGACAAGGAAAAGCUUGGACAGGGCGGCUUCGGUGGCGUCUACAGAGGCAUCCUGCCAGAUACUGCGGAGGCGGUGGCUGUAAAGAGAAUAUCCAAAAGUUCCAAACAAGGAAGAAAGGAGUAUGUUUCUGAGGUAACCACUAUCAGUAGACUCCGACACCGUAACCUUGUGCAGCUUUUAGGAUGGUGCCAUCAAAAGGGAGAGUUACUUCUGGUCUACGAAUACCUGCCAAACGGGAGUCUGGAUAAACAUAUUUUUGGGAAGGAGGAGGAUACUCUGUCUUGGGAAAAAAGAUAUAGUAUUGCAUGUGACAUAGCGUCGGCUCUUGUCUAUCUCCACGAAGAUUGGGAACAACGUUUUGUUCACCGAGACGUCAAGGCAAGUAACGUAAUGCUGGAUUCCAAUUUCAAUGCCAAGCUGGGUGAUUUUGGUUUAGCAAGACUGAUGGACCGUGAUCAGACAGCUUCUCAUACGACAGUGGUGGCGGGCACGCGGGGAUAUUUAGCUCCAGAGUGCUACAUAACGGGGAAGAUCAGUCCAGAGGCGGACGUGUACAGCUUUGGGGCGGUUACUCUGGAAAUUGCCUGCGGAAGGCGACCAGUUGAUCGCACCCUUGAAGAAUACAAUUGCAGACUGGUAGAGUGGGUUUGGGAUUUGCAUGGAAGAGGAAAGCUCCUGGAUGCAGCGGAUGAGAAACUGGGUGGAAAUUUCAAUGCGGAGGACAUGGAGCGGCUGAUGGUUUUGGGACUGCUGUGCUCCAAUCUAGAUCCCACAUCAAAGCCCAAAAUGAGAGAGGUGAUAAAGAUAUUGAAAAGGGAAGCUCGAUUGCCAUACGUUCCUCUGGAUUUGCCGGUAGCUGUGUACAGUCAGCCAAUUCAGCAUGAUAUGAGCUCAGGCUUGUCGACCUCAGCGGCUGUUGAAAUCUGUGCAACGUCAACCUCUCCGGCCGUCAAGGCGUCGGUUUUGUCGUCCUUUACGACUGCAAAUAGCUCGGUAAAAAUGUCAAGCCCUCUACUGUUAACGACUGACCUCGCUAGUUUAGACAAUUCCAUUGAAGUAGGUAUUUAG